AGCAACAGGAAUGGGCAUGUCCACUUCAUUGUACCCUUGAUGUUUUAUAGGUGAUGCUGCUGUUGGACAGGGAGUGAUGCGGUACUUUCUGACAACAAUAAUAUCCAAACUCCAGUUUGGAUUCAGAAUGAAUCUUGGAGGAGUGGGCCAAACUCUGCUAUUUGAAGGUGAGCCUGACCAUCUCGUUCCAGCUGCAUCAGAGGUGCUUAUUGAGAGCAACCUCUUCCGGGUUGCAGGAAGGAUGAUAGCCCACUCCUUUUUGCAUGAUGGCCCCCAUGUCACCGGAUUAAGUCCUGCUGUUAUUCAUGUACUGUUCAAUGGGGACCCUGAAAUGGCAACAAUUGUUGUCGAGGACUGUCCUGAUCUGCACAUCAGGAGUAUUAUAACAAUGCUUGAACUUGAAGAACUUACUCAGGAACAGAAGGACACAGUGUCAGAUCUUUCCCUGUCUUGGGAUCUCCCAGCAGUCACUAAAACGAAUCAGAGGUGGCUACAUAACAAACUUCUAGUACACGCGGUCAUCGGGAGGACCAUGCGCCAAAUUAAACAGUUGAGAAAGGGAUUGAAAGAUGUGAUGCUAUGGCCCCUGCUGACAUCAAGGCCAGAUGUUGUCCCACUUCUUUUUCUGAAAAUGGCAGGAAUGCAGUUUGUACCCCAGAUGUUCCUAGACAAAAUCACAUGGCCUGUGGAGGACAGUGAUGAUGAAGAACUUGACAUUGAGUGCAAGUGCCGCAUCACUGGUUUUCUACGGAUGUUCAUUGAAACAGCUUCAUCAGAUACUCUGGCUCAGUUGCUGAAGUUCUGGGUCGGCUGGGAAAUGCUCCCUCCAGAACUCAAAGUGGAGUUUUCCGGGGGAACCUUCCCAUCAUCCUCCACAUGCUUUGAAACACUGAAGCUGCCAGCUCAUUACAACACCUACAAAGACUUUGAGGAAGCACUUGUUGCUGCCAUAGACAGUGCACACACUGGAUUUGCUCUUGUUUAAGUAUUUUCAGGCAAUGAUGUUGCUGUGCUUUUAUUCAGUAGAAAAAGGUCAAUUUGAGUGAAGUGAGUUCAGUGUUUUUCUAACAUUUCAAAUACAGUGCAGUAUUUUCUUUCCCUGAAAAUGACACUGCUUUGUUGUUGCUCUUCUGUCAACUGUUUGAUACUUCAGUGUGCAUCACCUUGCUGUCCUUGCCUGUUGUCAUUGGCUACAUGAGGUUGUUGAAAUAUCUCUUGAUGCUAGAAAAAUUGGUUUUAUUUGCAUUAAAACAGCAUAUUAUUAUUUCAGAUUUUUAUUGACAAAUCAAGUUAACUAAUUCAUGAGUGACAUUUGCACAAUAAAUAAAAUAAAAGGCCUGCUUAA